AUGCCUUUCGCUACCGACAUCCUAACGGACCCCUCCCUCCCGGCAUAUGUCCGACAGCAAGCCCUUGACCGCAUUCACGCAGACCCAGGGGUUCCAAAGAGCUCAACAACCUCUUCUUUCUGGAUCCAACCAAAACACGACUUUGGCCAGACAUCCUCAACGCCUCUACCAACCGAAACAGACACCGUGAUUAUCGGUUCUGGAAUUACAGGUGCAUCUAUCGCGCGGACGCUACUGCAAAACCGCCCAUCUCAGCCCAAGUCUUCAGAUCCAUCUGUGGUUGUACUUGAAGCGCGGACAAUUUGCAGUGGAGCCACAGGACGGAAUGGAGGCCAUAUCCUCGAGACGGCAGAUGAAUAUGCCGAGUUCGCUGAUGAAUUUGGCGCCGAGGAUGCGCGAAAGCUUCUCAAGUUCAGAUUGGCGCAUUUGAAGGAGAUGCUUGCUGUUGCUGAAGAACUGGGAAUCAAGGAGGAGGCCCAAGCGCGCAAAGUGCAGUUCCUGAGUGCUUACUUUUCUGAGGAUACAUGGAAGGAGGCUUUGGAGAGGAUGCGUCGGUUUAAGGAGGGUAUGCCGGAAGAAGCUGCUGAAUGGACUUCUUCUGAAGGCGACGCUAUUCCAAAGGAGUUGUGCCUCGCUCGGGCAAAAGGUAUCGUUGCUGGCCCUGCCGGUGCUCUCUGGCCCUACAAGUUUGUGACCGGUAUCUUUUCACGUCUGAGAACCGACUAUCCAAACAACUUCCGCGUGGAAGAAAACACCCCAGUAACAGCCAUCGAAGAGGUGAUUUCUAGUACCUCACCACGCUACAAGGUCCAAACCAGCCGAGGCACAAUCCUCACCCGGCAUGUUAUCCACUGCACAAACGCCCACGUCGCACACCUAGUCCCCGGCCUCCGCGGACGUAUAAUCCCAGUCCGAGGCCAGAUGUCCGCCCAAACGCCCGGCGAUCAAUUCCCCUGCCAAGCCAGCAAACAUUCGUGGCUAUUCAACUACGACCGCGGCUUCGACUAUCUUACCCAAUUACCCGAAGGACAGAUGAUGCUUGGUGGCGGAUUCGCAAAGAGCGAACAUGGCGGACUAUCCGAUCUGGGUAUUUCCACAGACUCAGAGAUGAGUCUUGAUAUUGAUAUUCACCUCUCGGGUUGUCUGAGCGCCGUUUUCGGACGGAAAGAUUGGGGCCGUGUACAGGGUGAUCCGAUUCAGGCCAUGUGGACGGGAAAUAUGGCUUUCAGCUCGGAUUCUUUCCCUUGGGUGGGACGGCUGCCUGGUAUUGUUACACGUCGUGCGGAUCAUGGCGAUGAGGGCUCUGAGUGGGUUUGUGCUGCUUUUGGUGGCGAGGGCAUGGUUCAGGCUUGGCUUUGUGGGAAGGCGCUGGGUACUAUGUUACUUGAGACGGAUGGUGUGUUGGUUGGGGGGGCUGCUGAUCUUUCGUGGUUCCCUGAUCAGUUGCGUGUUUCUGAGGAGCGGUUUGGUGUGACUGAGCUACCUAAGGAGGCUCUUGUGGAGCAUCAGCGGGCUAGUUUGUAA